AGUUCACAUUUUGCAGAGGAUUGUGUUGUAGGACAGACGGGGAGAAAGAUGGCGGCUGUGGUUUUUCGGUGUUGUCCUGUGAGCGUCCUUCCCAGGCUUUCCUGUGCAGGGUCCCCAUCAGUUACACCAGCAAUUUCUGUUGUCAUCCAACAGAGAAAGUUCCACAAUGCAGUUACCCCUCGUGGCAAAGGGGGGCGCUCUUCCUUUAGUGGGAUAGCAGCAACCGUCUUUGGAGCCACUGGGUUCCUUGGCAGAUACGUGGUUAAUCGGCUUGGACGUAUAGGCUCUCAAGUUGUGAUCCCUCAUCGCUGUGAUCAGUAUGAUGUCAUGUACCUCAGACCUAUGGGUGAUCUUGGACAGAUCAUUUUUUUGGAUUGGGAUGCACGAGACAAGGACUCGAUCAGCCGAGCUCUGGCUCACUCCAAUGUUGUCAUUAAUCUUGUUGGAAGAGAGUGGGAGACGAGUAACUAUCGCUUUGAGGAUAUUCAUGUUACCAUACCAAAGGAAAUUGCACGGGCUGCAAAAGAAGCUGGCAUUGAAAAAUUCAUCCACAUGUCCCAUCUUAAUGCUGACAUUCGCAGUUCUUCCAAGUAUCUGAGGACCAAGGCAGUCGGAGAGGAGGCUGUGAGAGAAGAAUUUCCUGAUGCCAUUAUAAUGAAACCCUCAGAAAUAUAUGGAAGAGAGGACCGAUUCUUCAAUCAUUUUGCAAAUAUGCGUUGGUUUGGAAGAGCUGUACCACUGAUUGCUAUGGGAAAGAAGACAGAGAAACAGCCUGUUUAUGUGGUGGAUGUAGCCAAGGCGAUUGUCAAUGCAAUAAAGGACCCAGACUCCAAUGGAAAAACCUAUGCUCUCGUCGGACCCAACCGUUAUCUCCUGCAUGACCUGGUGGAGCACCUUUAUGCUGUUGCCCACAGGCCUUUUGUUCCAUAUCCAUUGCCACGACCUUUGUAUCGUUUGGCUGCCAGGUUUUUUGAAAUGAAUCCCUUUGAUCCAUGGACAACUCGUGACAAAGUGGAGAGGUUCCAUAUCACAGACAUGAAGUUCCCGUCCCUGCCUGGGUUAGAGGAUCUUGGAAUCGUUCCAACUUCAGUGGAACAGAAAGCUAUUGAAGUACUACGCCGUCAUCGCAAAUACCGCUGGCUGGAAGCAGAACUGGGAGAGACCAAACCAGCAAAAACUGUUAACUUGUGAUCAUCACCAAGCCAGAGAAACCAGCUGUACUGUCUGAUGCACUUACUUUGAUGGGUAUAAUGUCCAUUGUUUAAAGACGCUGUUUAGCAUCUUCUGUACAUAACUAAAUAAUAAUAUAAUGGCAAUUAAAUGCUUUUUAGAAGCCUUCA